UGACGCGAGCUCUUCUUACGCCUGAGCGCGCAUGGCCGAGGUCUUUCCGCAGGUCGUCAGCGUCAGGAAAGAUGCCGUCGACGCCGGGCAGCAGGGUCGUUGUCGAGGGGAGGAAGGAAGCGGCGCCGUGGUGUGGCGUGAGCGGUAGACCGCCUGGUGGAGGGGGUGCUGUUGCUGAUGUCUUUCUCGAACGGUCUGAUUCAGGAGCUACGGCGUCAUCUCUUGCAACGAGUUCGGGCAGGUUGUCACCCUCUUCCUUGGCGUCUUCGCAGUCUAUGUUGGCUAUCCAUCGCUGUAGGUUGCUAGACUGGUCCCCCAGCGCAGUGGUGGCGCUGGCGCCCAGUCUGGACGGAACAGCAGUGGCGGUGGCAAGAGAAAGCGGCCAGAUCGAGCUAUGGAGCACGGCGGCGGGCUCAGUUGGCUGGAAUUGUUUUUCCAAAAUUCCGGGCAGGAAGGAAGCGAGCAUCAGUUCGCUCGUUUGGUGUGAAGGUGGAAGUCCAUCUGGGAGGCUCUUCUCAGCGGGUCUUGAUGGGCUGCUUGUCGAAUGGGACCUGUGUACUCUCCGCCAGAAGGCUGUGGUUGAUUCACUGGGUGGACCAGUUUGGGGGAUGGCUGUUGAGCCUACAAAUCCCCACACCACGAGGGGAAGAAAGAAAUCAAGGGCAGAAAGUAAUGGGAUCUGUGAGAAUGGCGAUGGCGAAAGUGACGCAUCUGAUGGAGAGGAAGGACAUGACGAUGAUGAUGAUGACGAUGGCGAUGCCACGUGCGUGAAUGACGAGGGGCCGAGGGUUCAACGAGUUGCUGUUGCCUGCGAUGAUGGACGUGUACGGCUGUAUACUGUGGAGGAUGGAACCGAUGGCAUGACAUUCGAGCGAUCUCUGCCUCCUGUUACGGGGCGAGUGCUAUCGGUUGCGUGGGCCACAUCAGACAAGCUGUUCGCUGGAGGGGCUGACGGGUGCAUAAGGUGUUGGAAUGUAAUAACCAAGAGGGAGGUCUUCAGGAUCACCGUUGGUAUUGGGAGUCAGAAAAGAGAGAACAUCUGUGUAUGGGCACUACUUUGGCUGAGGAGUGGCGUGCUGGUGAGCGGUGACUCAACAGGAAGCACUCAAUUCUGGGAUGGCAAAAUGGGUACUCUUCUUCAUUGUCAUAGACGGCAUCAGGCCGAUGUUCUAGCUCUUGCUGCUACGCCAUCUCAUACAUCUGUCUUUGCAGCGGGUAUUGACGGACAGGUAGUUAUAUAUCAAGAGAUUAGCAACGAGGUGCAGGAUGAGAAGUCGGAAAGAUACUCUGAAGACAAAGGCGAUCAGUUCAAGAACUGGGUGUAUGUGGGGGGCCGCCGAUCGCACACUCAUGACAUACGAGCUCUUGCAGUAUUCGUUGUUCCACAUUCACGAGCUGGUAUUGGAAAGCAAGGCGGGAUCGAAAGUGCGCGCAAUCUGAAAAGGAAGCUCUCCAUGCCCCAUCCUGUUGACAGUCGAUCUUGCACGGGUGCAACAAUGCUGAUGUCUGGUGGUAAUGACACGGAGCUGCGGAUUUAUCCAGCAAAUGCCUUUCUCUCAUUUGCACCUUUUAGCAUCUGUCCAGUACCAGAGCCACCAGUGAUACAAAUGGUAGCCGGAGCUAUGCGUACACAUCCAAUGCUCAUAUCACAGCACAAGGAGUGGGUUGAUAUCUGGGAGGUGAGAGGUGGCAGUAGAAUGUCCUUACGGGAGUUGGUGGAGAACAGGGCUCGUUCUGUGACUGCCAGCCCUGGUAGUGUGGCAGAUGACCGCAGUGAUAUGGAUAAUGUGGGGUCGGACAGGGACAUAGGCAGAGAAGCGCUUGUCGUAAGCAGUGGUAAUGGGGUGGUGCGAGAAGAUGGUGCCAAUGAUGGUAUUGAUGGAAAGAUUGGAUAUGGUGGUGAAGCUGGCGACCAGAGAAUACGGGCCAAUGGAAUUCCUCCGCGGUUGGUGGCGAGGAUAAAGUCUCGUGGAAGUGAUCAUAUUGUGUGCAGCUCUCUUUCUCCUGAUGGCAGACACGUUGCCUUCUCUGACAGGGUGAAGGUCAGGUUGUUUCGAUUAGAAAAGAGGGCUUCACAAGGUGGAAUGGAAGCUCCUAUGGUUAUCAUGAAACGCAGGUUGCCAGUGACUCUUCUGCCGGCACAGAAAAUAGUUUUCAGCGCGGAUUCCUCAAGGCUCGUGCUUGCCACUGCAGGCGGGUCUAUCCUGGUGGUGGAUGUGAAUCAGCCCUCACUGCUACAGAAACUUAGCCAGUCGCAGUUUGCAGCAGAUCAUGGAGAUGAGAGAUCUCCUGUGUGCCUGCUGUCUACAAGCCAAGAUGGACAAUGGAUUGCUGCAGUCAACGCGUCGGGAAGGGUGAAUGUGUAUAAUUUGGAAACUCUCAGACAUCACUGGUCGACGACAUCUCCAGAUGGUUCUCUCGUAACUGCCCUCGUAUUCCAUCCGGGCUCCGGAGCACUGAUCCUGGCGACGGCGAUGAACAAGAUCCAUGUGCUGGACGUUGAGGCAAGAUGUCUUGCUAACUGGUCACGGAUGAAUGGGAAAAAGCUCCCACGUCGAUUGCUUGAGAUGCCCGGUUGCAUCACGGGGUUGUCCGUUCCGCCAAAUGCCCACUCUGCAGCAGUAAUCGCAUACACCUCCAAGCAUAUGUGUGUGAUCGACCUGAGUAAGCCACUUCAGGAGAAGGGUGAAAUUGUGAAAGAGCAGAACUCUGCUCCGACAGCUGGACGUCCAGACGCAGGGUAUGCAGGCAAUGGUGCUCCGCCUGUCGCAGAAAACAAGAAUUUUGCAGUUGUGCGUUUGAAUCAUCGAUGCCUAUUUCUCGGCCAUCUCACAGAAGAUUCUGUGUUUUUGUUGGAGAAGCCAUGGGUUGACGUGAUGGCGAAGUUCCCGGCACCACUGUACAGGCACACGUACGGAACGUGAAAAAUGACCUCGCCUCCAGUGUUCCUGUUCCGAUUCUCAUCCACGUCUUUUUUUACGAGUGAGUGUCUUGAACCCCUUUCGACCCAUUUCACAGGAGGAGCAUUAUGCAAGUUGCUUGGGUAGUUGGAUGGGAGACCGAGAGUGAGAGGCAAUUGCCGCAUGAGUUGUUACGGAGCGAGCGGCAAGAAAGUGUAGCAUGUGUCGAAGGAACAUUGUGAAUCGGUUUGUGUGGUGUGGCAGAGUGGCAUUGUUGCAGCAUGCGUUGGUGGAAAGAAGCCCAUUAAAAACCAAGCAAGUUUUGUGUGCAGUAGUGAGUGGGUGAAGGGAGGGCAUCGGCGGGGAGGCGGGAGAGAAGAUGGCGAUGCAUGUCGGGAUAGGAACUGUAUUGAAGCGAUGGCUGAUUUCAUGUGUUCUCGACUGAUUGGUUAUGCCAAGCAAGUUUUGUGUGCAGUAGCGAGUGGGAGAAGGGAGGGCAUCGGCGGCGAGGCGGGAGAGAAGAUGGCGAUGCAUGUUUCAGGAUAGGAACUGUAUUCAAAGCGAUGGCUGAUUUCGUGUGUCCUUGAUUGAUUGGUUAUGCCAAGCAAGUUUCGUGUGCAGUGGUGAGUGGGUGACGGGAGGGCAUCGGCGGGGAGGCGGGAGAGAAGAUGGCGAUGCAUAUCGGGAUAGGGACUGCGUUCAGCGCGAUGGCUGAGUUCAUGUGUCUUUGAUUGAUUGGUUAUAUGCCAGGCUCUUGGGGAACAGGUGAUGAUGAGGAUGUCUUUCGAAAAUUCUCGGAAGCGAAGUGCUGGUCUUCUUUCGACGAGCACGGUUGUUCAGAGUUUGGGUGAGUUUUGCCAUGGGGGAUUUUAUAGUGGUGGCUAUUUUUCAAGAGGAAUUGUAGUUGAUGAGCAUGAGUUGAAAAAGUUUUCCAGAGAGGAGCCACAGGCUGAUUUGAAGUGAAAAGGAGUAUACCCUUGGCCCAAUUUUGAGGAAGAGGCUUCUGUUGCUGUCCGCUUCUCUGUCUGAGUUGCAUAACUCAUGACACUCUGCACACGUUACGUCGUCGUAAGUGUUUCAGAAUAAGGUGCCAAAUGUCUGCUGUGAUAGCAAAAGCGAUUCGU